UGCCCAAGAAGCCCUACAUAGAGGCAUCUUGUUGGCUCGGUUUCUCUUUCCCCUUUCUUCCCUGCCCUCAAGAAUUUAACUUUCGUUUCUCUGGUGGUGUGCAAAGCUCAGAGGGCACACUUUAUUGGAGGCAGGCUUAGCAGAUAAAUCCUGGCCACAUCUGCCUGGUCCCGCUGAACCUACUUCAUGCGGGUGUCUGAAGAUCUACUGAGCAAUUUGAAGAGGGCAGAGUUUGGAAAACUUUAGAAGGAAAACCGAAUUUGCUUGGGAAUCUGAGCAGGAGGAAUCUCAGAAGUCAGGACAGGCAGGAGCAGGAAAAUAGAUGCUAUGGCUUCAGCAAUCCUGGGGAAUGUAAAGGAGGAGGUGACCUGCCCCAUCUGCCUGGAUCUCCCGACAAAACCUCUGAGCCUUGACUGUGGCCACAGCUUCUGCCAGGCCUGCAUCACUUCAAAUUAUGAGUCCAUGAUGAGUCAAAAAGGGGAGAGCAGCUGCCCUGUGUGCCAAAUCAGUUACCAGUUUGAGAACCUGCGGCCUAAUCGGCAAUUGGCCAACAUAGUGGAGAGGCUCAGGGGUGUCAAGCUGAACCCAGAGGAGGAGCAGAAGGUGUAUCACUGUGCACGCCAUGGAGAGAAACUCCUACUCUUCUGUAAUGAGGACAAGACGGUCAUUUGCUGGCUUUGUGAGCGUUCUCAGGAGCACCGUGGACACUCCACAUUCCUCUUGGAGGAGGUUGUCCAGGAGUACCAGGUAAGAGAUCAGGUAGAGAGAGGACAGAGACAAUAUCUCUUCUUUACACUCAAAUCAUUGUUGUCGGGGUGGGGACCACAAGGUCUGAAGUGUGGGUCAACUUUUUCCAUCCCUAGGCAUAAGAACUUAAUGCUGAGGAAGCCAAAAACUUUCCCCAAGGAACAAAGAAGAGUAUUCCGAGCUCCUGAUCUGAAGGGGAUGAUGCAGGUGUCUCAAGAGCUGACAGAUGUUCAACGUUACUGGGUUCGCCUGACACUGUCUCCAAGCAACAAUCCAAAUAUUGUCAUUUCUAAGGACCAGAGACAAUUAAGAUAUGUAACCCAAUACUCGCGCAAGCGUGGGAAUUAUCAUGAAGGUGUUUUGGGCUACCCACCUAUCACAUCAGGAAAACAUUACUGGAUGGUAGAUGUGUCCAAGAAAAGUGCCUGGUCUCUGGGGUUGUGUGAUGGAAAAUAUUUCGAAUCUGCAUCUGUCCCUGGACAAAGUAAAAACUAUCAACCUACAUGUGGCUACUGGGUUAUAGGUCUUCACAGAUUUCUCUAUAAUGCUUUUUGUAAGAAUGGUGCCCAUUAUCCUUUGAACUUGGUCCUCUCUCUGACUGUUCCUCCACAACAUAUUGGGGUUUUCUUAGAUUAUGAGACUCGUGAACUUUCAUUUUACAAUGUUACAAACCAUGGGUUUCUCAUCCAUAAAUUCUCCAAAUGUUUCUUUCCUAAAGAAGUUUUUCCUUACUUCAAUCCUGAGACAUGUCCAGAGCCCAUGACACUACACUGGCCAAGCUCUUGAAAUUUCUUAUACCCUCACCCAGUCUGUGCAGUACCUCUGGCCCUUUUGUGCAUCCCAUGCCCCUGAGCUCAUCUGCACCAUUUUAACCACCUUUCCUUGCUGUCUUCAGCCUUUCUGUUAGGAAGUCUUUCACUCAUAAGUAUACAUAAGGAUAUAUAAAUCCUCACAUGAGGAUUUAUCCCAAUAUCUUGUUUAUCUCUCCUAGGGAAUCUUAAUUCAUCAUCUUUCAUGCUUCCAAGGAAAAAAGACCAAUUCCUCAUUAAAUAAUCUCAUUAUUGAGGUAACACCUCUGCCAGAUCUUUAAAACUCUAUUCUUUUUUUGCCACUGACAGAAUGUUUAGGAGAGUUUUCUACCACCUUUCUAUAUUAUUGAGGGCUAUGCAUAGGAGUACCUCUAUAGAAUGACCCCUUAACAUUAUGACAGUUUACCCAUGAUGCUUCUUAUUUAUCAAGGAGUUAAGAAGAUGUGUUCUAAGUGGCAUAUACUAAGAAUAGGUGUUUUUGUUUUUGGUAUGGAGUAUCUAAGUUCAGAUUCUGUCCCUUUACUGAUUAGCUGUGUAACUUUGAAUAACAACAAAAAUAUGGGUGUGCUUAUUUUUUAUGUAAUGAUUUUUUUGUAAUGAUUAAAAAAUUGUACCUGAUACUUUGGAUCAGUGUGAGAAAAUAAAUGAAGUACAAAGCAUC